AUGACACUCACGCGCCCGCCCCAGCGCCUUCUCUACAUUGCCUCGAUCGGCAACCCAGCUCCGUAUCGCAAAACCCGCCACAGCGCCGGCCACAUCCUACUCGACUCGAUAACGCCACUUCUGCGCGCGCGCCUCGGCCCCUCCGCCUCCCACCUCUACACAACCUUCUACAGCCCGUCUCUCAUGAACAUCUCCGGGCCGAAAGUCGUGUCCACGAUGCAGAAAUGGCUCGCGGGCCGCGAUAACUCCAUCGCACCGGAUGCUCUGCCCCCAGCUGUCUUGCUGUCCGGUCUAGACAGACAGGUACCAGGUUCGCCGGCUUCGAGUUCGGGGAGACGGGGGUUCCCCGCUACGCUGGUCAUUCUGCAUGACGAGCUGGAGGCGCCGCUGGGCAAGAUUCGUGUGAAGAGGGGCGGGCCUGAAAGUGCGAGUUUGAGAGGACAUAGGGGGUUGAUUAGUGUUUUGGAGACGCUUAGGGGGAAGGGGCUGUUUCCGGGUUCGGGGGCAGGGAGUGUGAAGACGAAUGUCAAGACGAAGACGAGGCUCGGAAAGCGUGAGGGUGGGUUGCCAAGGGAGUUGGAGGUGCUGAGGGUUGGAAUUGGGAUUGGGAGGCCGGCGGGGAGGGAGAAGGAUGCGGUUGCGAAUUAUGUGUUGAAGGAGAUGGAGGGGAGGGAGUUGGAUGCGGUGUCGAGAGCGGCGGAGAGUGUGGUGGAUGUUUUGGAGGAGGAGAUGUGUCGGGUUGGGUGA